AUGUAUAAGAUGUUUUAUGAAAACCGUCGAUUAUUUCUACUUAUAAUUCCAAUCUUUAUUGCUGUUGCAAUCUAUCCAGUUCCAUUCGAUGGUAAACAUGUCUUAUCACUUGAUACACCUUUAAUAACAACAUUUAAUGUUCUUGUAAAUCAUGUGUGGAAAUUCCAUCCAUUUAUUGUUCAUGUAAAUGAAUUAAAAAAACUGAAUGAUACUUGUUCCUAUUAUGAAAUAACAGAUCGUAUACCAUUUUUUCCAUUAUAUGAUAUAUAUAUUCCAACAACAUAUUAUGUAGAAAUGAAUAUUGAUCGAGAAAAUCAUUGUUUAACAAGUAUUGUUCACACACAAAUGAAUAUAAUGCAUGCAUAUCAUCAAUAUUGUAUGCAUACAAAUACAUUAAAACCAACGACAACAAUAAUAACAGAUCAAUUUUAUGGUAAAACUUGGAUGAUUUUUAAAUAUUAUGUACGAAAAAAUAUGUUCAUAUCACAUAAAUAUACUUUAGAUAAAUUACGAAAAGAAAUGAUGAUUUAUUUAUCAGAAUAG